AUGGGUAGUCAUUAUAUACCAUCCAUUUUACGGCCGGACUUCACUUGGCCGCGGCCGAUGCGAUGUACAAUAUCACGGAGCACCCCUCCAGCGCUUUAUCACCUGUCUCGCUGGUAUUGCUCUUGGUUCGGUAUUAUAUUCGAUGUCAAUAUCUUGCAGUUACCCUUCGGACUCAUCCUGAAAUGGACAGAUCGGACAAGCCUGGAAGAGGCGGUUGCGAUGCAGAUGGCAAGAACCGCUGGGAUGCCUGUCCCCAAAGUGUUAUUCUGCGGAGAGCAUCCGAAUGCGCCUUUCAACCGGACAUUUUCCAUUCUAAUGACGAGGUUGCCCGGUGUGUCCCUGGAAAACUCGAGAUAUUCGUUGGAGAUUGAUGAUGAGGGCCCCUGGCUGCAUGAAUUGAAAACCUGCGUAGAUUCCAUGCGUUUAUGGUGCUCACCUAAUCCAAGGUCUAUCUGUUCUCCCCUUAGCACCCCUCUACGAAGUCCACGGGUUCCUGGCCAUCUUAUGGGCCCCUUUGCAAGUGAAAGAGAACUUUAUAAUCAUCUCUUUAGUCCUGCUUCUAGUCAUGCAUUCGAAUCGCCUGCAGAAUAUGAGCGAACCCUGUCAUGUGCAGAAAAGCUACAACGACCCUACCAGGUUGUGUUCACCCAUGGGGAUUUCAAAGCACACAAUAUUCUUGUUGGUGAUGAUGGACAUUUAUCCGGGUUUCUGGAUUGGGAAUCCGCAGGCUGGUAUCCCGAAUAUUGGGAAUUCACCACAGCAAUGCGUUUUGGACGGGGUAGUUGGUGGUUCCAAGUCGCUUCGUGGAUGGGAGGGCAUCAAUAUCUUGAAGAACUCGCUUCUGAUGUUGCUUUGAACCUGUUGACAGUUGACUCCUAUAUAGCCUUUUAG